AUGGCUCCCAAGACUAUCAUCGCCCCCUCAAUCCUGUCGGCUGACUUUGCUCAGCUCGGCCAUGACUGUGCCCGCACCAUGGAGCAGGGCGCAGACUGGCUCCAUGUUGACAUUAUGGACGGCCACUUUGUUCCCAACAUCACCUUCGGCCCCCCUGUUGUUGCGUCCAUCCGAGGACAUGUCGAUCAGCCCACCGAAGCCCACGGCCGGGGCACUUUCGAUUGUCAUAUGAUGAUUGCAGAGCCUAAGAAAUGGGUCAAGGAAUUCAAGAAGGCUGGCUGCAACCUCUACUGCUUCCACUACGAGGCCGCCUUCUCCAGCGCAGCCGAGGCUCCCGAACAGGAGACAGAGGAAAAGACCAACCCCAAGGCCCUUAUCCGAUAUAUCCACGAUCAAGGACUUCUCGCUGGUAUUGCUAUCAAGCCCGAUACUUCAGUUGAUGUGCUGUGGGAAAUUCUCGAGAACAGCGAGGAAAAGGAGAGACCUGAUAUGGUCCUCGUUAUGACCGUAUAUCCUGGCUUUGGCGGUCAAAAGUUUAUGGCUUCCGAGCUGCCCAAGGUCCAGGCCCUGCGCGAAAAGUACCCAGAUCUCAACAUCGAAGUCGACGGCGGUAUCGGACCCAAGACAAUCGACGAGGCUGCUGGCGCUGGCGCCAACGUUAUCGUUGCAGGAAGCGCUGUAUUUGGAGCCAAGGACCCCUCAGAGGUUAUUGCCCAGCUGCGCCAGUCAGUUGACGCUCGAAGUGCAAAGUAA